AUGCCGCCGCGCCCUGCGCCACCGAUCGACCGAUCUCAGGUGGUGUAAUCCGUCGGGCCCGAUGUCGACCCGCUAUUCGUGCUGAAGUCAGCCGAUCGAUCGUCGAUCAUCGUAAGUGCGGCAAGGGGAUCAAAAUGUGACGAGCGAUGCAUCUCUGACGGUCUCGCACGAAAGACCGCGCUGGACCGAUAAGGACAACGAUAUGAACUCAAGCGGCGAGUCCGGCGGAACGAUGUCGGAAGACUACGAGGUGAGUGGCUGUAACGUCCCGGAAGAGGAGACGGGAUCGAAUCUGCCAACGUGGGAAGCAGUUGCGGCUUCGUUGACGCUGGGCUUUCUCGUCCUUGCGACCGUGUUCGGAAAUGUGUUAGUGAUCCUCAGUGUGUUCACGUAUCGGCCGCUCCGGAUCGUACAAAACUUCUUCAUCGUUUCGUUGGCGGUGGCCGAUCUCGCGGUGGCGAUCCUCGUGAUGCCGUUCAACGUGGUCUAUCUGGUGCUGGGCAAGUGGGUGUUCGGUAUCCACCUGUGCAAGCUGUGGCUGACGUGCGACGUGCUCUGCUGUACUGCCAGCAUUCUGAAUCUCUGCGCGAUCGCGCUGGACCGCUACUGGGCGAUCACCGAUCCGAUUAACUACGCACAAAAGCGCACCCUGAAGCGCGUCCUGGCCACGAUCGCCGGAGUGUGGAUACUCUCGGGCGCGAUCAGUUCGCCACCAUUGGCCGGCUGGAACGACUGGCCGGAGGAAUUAAACCCGGGCACGCCCUGCCAGCUCACCAGACGUCAGGGCUACGUCAUAUAUUCGUCACUGGGCUCGUUCUUUAUACCGUUGCUGCUGAUGAGUCUGGUAUAUCUGGAAAUCUUCCUGGCUACGCGCAGAAGACUGCGGGAACGAGCCCGGCAGAGCAGACUGGGUCCGGUACAGUCGACCAGGCACCGCGAGACCGACGACGCCGAAGAGUCGGUCAGCUCGGAGACGAAUCACAACGAGCGCUCGACGCCGCGUCUGCAGCCAAAACCGUCGCUGAUCGACGACGAGCCGACCGAGGUAACGAUAACGGGUAACACCGCGUCCACGAGACGUACCGGAGACCGCGCAGGUGGUCCCGCUGUCGCUGGCACCUCCACGACCGUUUAUCAAUUUAUCGAGGAGCGACAGAGAAUCUCAUUGUCCAAAGAGAGGCGCGCGGCGAGGACCCUGGGUGUCAUUAUGGGCGUAUUUGUCGUCUGCUGGCUGCCGUUCUUCCUCAUGUAUGUCAUCGUGCCGUUCUGCCCGGCGUGCUGCCCGUCGGAGAGGAUAGUAUAUUUCAUCACGUGGCUCGGUUACGUCAACAGCGCACUCAAUCCCCUCAUCUACACCAUCUUCAAUCUUGAUUAUAGACGAGCGUUCAGGCGGUUGUUGCGAAUCCGCUGAGCUCUCGGAAGCCGUGCUUGGCUCUAUAGGGAUUUGGUUCGCAGAGGAUCUCCCGGCAAAUUUGUCGAUAGUGGAGCGAAGCAAAGCAAAGCGAAGCGGAACUUUGGUGAGCGGCGAUCGUUUAAAUGGCCGUCGUGACUUGUACGGGAUUUCCGUCUGCUAACCAAUGGGAGUUGUUAAAUAAGUUCUUCGUCCAGGGAGAAGCGCGUUGCUCCGUGUUACGUUCGCAAUUACGGAAAUUUAACACCUUGCUUAUCUCGAUCGCUUGUUCGCAGUUCGUUACGUUGCGCGGUGAAACCUUAACGCACAAAGGCGACGACGACGACGACGACGACG